CGCGUCCUCUGAAUUCCCCGCCCUUUCCAUCUCCCCAGUAUCCCAUUCAAAUCCUCCUUACUCCCUCAUCUAUUGUCCUCGGGCUUAUCUACCAUCACUCGUUCUUUUUCCCUCGGUAUCGCAAUUCGGCCGUCAUCAUGUCUGGAAGCGCAGGUUACGACAGACAUAUUACCAUCUUCUCGGACAACGGACGUUUGUACCAAGUCGAAUAUGCAUUCAAGGCCAUUACUUCGGCAAACAUCACCUCGCUUGGUGUGAAGGGAAAGGACUGUGCGGUGGUGCUGUCGCAGAAGAAAGUCGCUGAUAAAUUGAUCGACCCGUCCUCCGUUUCGCAUGUCUUCCGACUCUCUCCCUCCGUCGGCUGCGUCAUGACCGGAUCCAUAGCCGAUGCGAGAGCCAGCGUUGACCGUGCUCGCGGCGAAGCGGCCGAAUUCCGAUACAAGUAUGGCUACGAGAUGCCUUGCGACGUUCUCACCAAGCGACUGGCCAACAUCAACCAGGUCUACACACAGAGGGCAUACAUGCGCCCGCUAGGAGUUGCCAUGACCCUCAUCUCGGUGGAUUCGGAGAAAGGUCCCCAGCUCUACAAGUCCGACCCCGCGGGCUACUAUGCCGGAUACAAGGCCACUGCGUCCGGACCUAAGCAGCAGGAGGCCCUCAACCACCUGGAGAAGAAACUGAAGAACAAGGACUACGCGGAGGGCAGCUGGGAGGAGGUCGUCGAGCUGGGCAUCACGGCCCUGAGCAGCGUGCUCAGCGUCGACUUCAAGAAGCACGAGCUGGAAAUCGGAAUCGUGGGCGGACCCCGAACAGACGGCAAGGAGGGCACAGACUCCGGGUUCCGAGCUCUGACGGAAGAGGAGAUCGACGAGCGGCUGCAGGCUAUCAGCGAGAAGGAUUGAACGCGAUGAUUAUUGAUUGUUGAGAGCAUGCAUGCUGCUAGACGCCAGAGUAUAUGAAUGUCAAGUCCUUGCGCUUUAUUGGAGACCGUCGUCAUGUUUCUUUUUUUGUGUUUUCCCUCCGAGGUCCCAGAGGAUGCAGCGUCCACCACGGGCCAU